ACGAUGAACUUUCCAGGAGAGAUCCUUUUAGUGAAAAUUAAUUGAAUGAUUAGUCUUUGCAUUCAGUUGCGGUUUGUGAUUCCUACGGUUCAGUUCGUUUAAUCAGUGGAAACCCUCCGGCUCGUGGUACUAUCUGACUGUCCGUGAUGGUGACUCAAGAAGUGUAAUAAUUUAACAACAUGGAAUUAAAGUGAAACUGCAGCAGUGUGAAAAGUGAAAAAAAAGUGGACAGACACUUUUGAAAAAACGAAAAAUGGCUAAAAUUAUAUCUACCAUCAAGGCGACUUUGACUCGCAUUAUCUUCAGUGCCCACAGCCUCAUAGCCAUUUGGCAAGUGGUCAAGAAUAAAAAUGAUAUGAUGUACUGGAGCCUUAGUUGUCCUUUGCUGCUGCUGCUCUUUGAGGGCAUCUUUACCAUAUUCAUAAAGAAGACUCAAGAGUGGAGAUGGUUUUGUCCAUCGGUAUUCUUGUAUUUAGGCAGCAUUGUACCAGCCAUUUGGCUUUUGGAAUUUCAUAAAGUCGAGCGACGUUUGUCUGGCAAAGUAAAUGAAGGCAAUCAGACAGUUGCCAAUGAAAUCCUAUCCGAAACACUCGGUGUGCCAAAAGUCAACGAAGAUACUUGGAUUACGCUUAUCGAACAAUUCCUAAUGUUAAUUCUUAUCGUGGGCCGAUGGAUGUUACCUAAAGGCGACCUAACCAGGGAUCAGUUAAGUCAAUUGCUCUUGGUUUACAUAGGAACCGCUGCUGACAUAAUCGAAUUUUUUGACUCAUAUAAGGAUGAUUCCAUUGCCAAGAUACCGCUUUUGGUGUACCUAACAUUGGGCAUUUGGUCUUGGAGUCUGAUGCAGUUCACAAUUGUUCUAUCGGCCACCAGAGCACGAAGACCCAGAGGAGGGGGUUCAAACAAGAAGGAUGAGCAAGUGCCGCCAACCGAUUGCUGCAAUAACUGUUGCUGCGGCAUCGAUGUCUGGGGCAUUGUGCUUAACGUCAUACUGCAGGACGCUCCGUUCUUGACAUUUCGUUUGCUCAUUAUCUUCCAAUACGAUAUCAUCAGUUACAUGAAUGUCUUCUUCACAUGUAAAAAUUCGUUGGUUAUUGUCUUGCAAUUGUAUCGUUUGUAUGUGGUAAAUGCUGAAUUUUGGAAAAAUCGUCGUGAAACAAAGGCUACGUUGAAACAACGCCAAUAUAAAUCAAAAAGACGCAAUGAUGAUGACCCCAACGGAAUUUAUAUGAUCUCAUCUGAUCGUGGUGGCGAAAUGAAGCGGAAAAUCAAGAGAGCCAAGGAUUAUUCGGAUGAUGAAGUUGCUUACAAGAAGAAAGCCAAAAAGGACAAUAAGAAACGUAAGCGUAAAGAUACUGGAUAUUCGACUGCCAGCUCACAAAAUCUCUAUUCAACCAAAGGUGACACAGACAAGGGCGGAAGGCGAAAGGAUAAGAAGGGUAAGAAAGGUAAACGCGAUCGUAGUAAAUCACCCUGCAGCAGUGAUAUUGUGGAAGCUCGCAAAUCCAAACACGGCAAGAAAUCGGACAAAUCCGAUAAAAAAAAAUCUAAGAGAAUCGAUGCUGUAAUCGAGGAAUCCAAUAGUUCAAAUAGCUCCAGUGAUUCCAGUAACUCCACUCUGCCAAGCUAUGAGGUUAUCAAUGAAAAGAAGUCGAAAUCGAAACGCCGAAAACGUGAUUUAAGUUCCUCCUCCAGCAGCGAUUCCUCGGAUACCUCAUCUUCGGAGUCAUCAUAAAUGGUCCACGCACAGGCAGGGUCAUCAAUAUAUGCUGGAAAAGACGCUUGGUCUGGCCUAACCAAUUUUGGUUGUUGGUCUAC